AUGGUCCUUCAUUUCUUUCGCCCAUGCAGGGGGGCCAUGGCCGCGGUACGCCUGGCGAUCGUGGCGCAGCGCGCGGCCGCGGAAGCCUCCGCCCCGCCGGGGAGCACCCAGGGCGGAACGCCCGCGGCGGUGAUGCCGCCCGCGCCCGAGCUGCUGGCGGCCGCGGAGCGCCGGCUGCAGGCCGCGCGGGAGCACUGGCGGGUGGUGUUCGGCGCCAGCGCCGGGGGCUGCGGCGGGGAUGCCUUCGAGGCCAGGAACCCGAGCCUCUUCCCCGGCUCCGCCGCGCGGGCGGCCUUCCAGCAGGGCCUGCCGUGGUGGGGCUCGGGCACCUGCGUCAACGACGGGCCGCGCCAAGGGCCCGGCGACGCCGCGCAGUGCGCUUCCGCAGGCGGACUGGCCGGGCCUCCGAGCGUAGAGCCGUCGAGCGUGGAGCGGUCGGGCCUGCUGCCAGAGAGCGACGCUGCGUGGGACAUCUUCGGAUGA